UAAAAUAGAUUUAAUGGUUGUUUUAGCUUGUAAAAAAGCAUAUAUUUAUCUAUGACCAAUUUUAAGUACAUACAUUAAUCUGUUUGUCGGUGAGCACACGUAUAGAUUUGGAGCUGGUUGUUGGACGCGAUGCUCUACCCACGAUAUUGAUAGUCCUGCACAUCAUAGUUCUACCUUUGUCCUCUAGGCGUGAUAAAAACGAGCGUUGCCAUGACUACGUACACGAAGAGGCUACCGGCCGAUUGGGUCAUAAAACACAACCUGACGUGAUGAAAAAUAGCAGAAUCCAUUCUCCACGUUGAAUAGACGCUUUUGUCGCUCAUGAUAAUAACAAAGCUGUACGUGCUUUAAGUCGCGUGCUUAAGCGCUAUAUUAUUUUGACUAGUCGCAACAAGUACAGCACGCGAGAAGAGCAAGACGGGCAUUCAAGUGCCGCCGCUACCACUCGUUUCUCCGCGUCGUCGGUAGAUGUCGUCCGGAUGGCUCUAUUCUAGCUCGGCAGCACCGAGCCCUAGUGACCCGCGACGAGGGGAGGAGGAGGCGGAGGAGGAGGAGGAGGAGGGAGUAGCUACACUGAGCGGCAACAUCCAUGCGCGUUUUCACCCCGUUCGGCAAGGAGAGCGUCGAGUAGCAGGUGCGCGGUUCAUACUUCAGGCUCCGGAGUCUCCCCCUCCUUCGAGCUCCAGGUCUAUGCCGGCCGCUGACGUUAUCGCCUGGCAGGUCCGGAGCAUUUGAGACAUUAUUUUCUCUCAUGGACGCGAAUUCCAGACACACUUGUUCUCAAAGAAAAGUGUGUCCAUCUACUUUGAAUCUGCAAGAAGUGUCCCUCACAAUGAAUACAGAUAGCGGAGGAUCAUGCACACGCCGCACCGCCAUGUCACUCACUCUCAGCCCUAUGAAGAGGGUCCAGAGCUCUCCCAAUCUCGCCACAGGUUGUGAAUCUAACUCACCAGAUUCAGAUGCAUGGCGGUCGCAGAGUGCCAUUGACGGCUUCAGGAACGGAGACGCCAAUAGCUCCUCGCUGGCGGCUAAAGGCUUCCGUAGUGUGAGGCCCAACCUGCAGGACAAGAAGACACUCUCACAGGGCCUGUACCCCCCUGACCUUCCUGCGGCAUGGCGCCCCCCUUACCACCGCCACAGCCACAGCUCAGACUCCCUCCACUACCAGUCGGGCCUGCUCUUCCCCAUAGCCCUCUCCCCCAUGCCGUACACACCAUCCCGGGCUGGCAGCACCACCCCCCUCCUCUCCUACACCACGCUAGCUCCUACCGCCGCCGUUAGCAUUGGAGGAGCGGGUGUCGGAGGCGCCGGUGGUGGCACCGGUGGCGAUGGUGGUCGUGGCCGCUUCCCGUCCCCGUCAGUCUCUCCGGUGACGGUGUCGGCCCUCAGCCAGUACUCGUCCACGUCCACGGCGGGACUGUUGGAGGAGCUGCAGAUCUGUGGCCUGGACAGCCCCAGCGUCUCCCCUACACCCUCCUCCUCCACCCUCAGCCACCUGUCUGCCUACAUGACCUCCACCACCAGCUCCGCCGCCGCCUCCGUCGCCACGGACGACACGCUAACCGCCACCGCCGCCUGUACUGUGGUUCCCGCUGUGGCUAAUGGCCAGGUCCUCUCUCAGGCCAUGAAUGGAAGCACAGGCCCCCCCCAGAGGCCCCUCUCCCCCCCUGCCUACCCUCCUCCCCCAGCCUCCCUCCACAUGGGGCUCCACAGGCAGAGCAGGAGUUCAGAGGGCAGCGAGUGUUACACCCGGGAGACGGUGACGUCGGGCCACUCCAGCGGGCUCUACAGCACGCUGCCCAUUGCCCGCUUCUCUGAGGAGGAGAGGAAGGUGUCCCUCAUCAAGGCCCCCCACUACGAGGGCAUCGGCCCCGUGGACGAGACGGGCAUCCCCAUCGCCAUACGCACGACAGUGGACCGGCCCAAGGACUGGUACAAGACCAUGUUCAAGCAGAUCCACAUGGUCCACAAAGCAGACGACGAUUAUUCAGAUACCUACAACGCCACGUACGCCUUGAUAAACAACGAGGCCCACAGCAUGUCCACGGACCAUACCAUGGCCCACCCUCCCCCCAGGACACACACCUACCGGCCCCUUGCCAAGAGCCCGUCGGGUGAGCCGGGGACCCUGGGCCCCCGGGAGCCCCCUCCGUCCCCCGCGCCUCCCCCGCCGCCUCCACCCAUGCCCUCCCUCCUCCAGCUGAGGACCCGGGACAGCGACCGGGAGAAGGAGUCCCACGACAUGAACCAGUGGGGGCCCCCGGACAGGAAGGUGGAUACCAGGAAGUACAGGGCAGAGCCCAAGAGCAUAUUUGAGUAUGAGCCAGGGAAGUCCUCCAUAUUGGCGCAGGAGAGACCAACCUUUGAUGAUAUAGAUUUAGAGAACGAGCCUUGGUUUAAGUUCUUUUCAGAGCUUGAGUUUGGGAGACCGCCUCCUAAAAAGCGUCUGGAUUAUAAUCCAGCAGUCUCCACCCGCCAGCAUAUGGAGACCUCUCUGCACAUCGCUCCGGCUGACACUAAGGCACCGGAGAGACCCGCGAGCGCGGCCGGCGACUACAGGAAGCGGAGGAAGUCUGAGCCCUCUGCCUCCCUUGCCAACAACCCGUCCGACCAGAGGAGGUCUGCGGCGGUCUCCCCCAAACCCCCGGACUCGUCCAGAGCCAGCGCCCUGAGGAAGCCCUCCGCCCACUCCUCACCUUCCUCUCCCUCCAGACCUAAGGGUGGGGACGCAUGCGCCAUGCACUCCCCCCGUGAGACCUCCCCGGCUCCCCCCAAGCCCCACGCCCCCUGUCCCACGCCCCCGUGGCGCCACGACGCUAGCCCCCCGCGGCGGGACGGCAGCCCGGACGGCAGCCGCUCCUCCUCCAGAGGCUCGGGCUGUCUGAAGCGCCGCCGGCCGGAGAACCACCGGCGGCGGCUGGAGGAGGAGGGGCAGGAGGAGAUGGAGACCUGGAGCGGGUCGGAGGACCCGCCCGGCCCCCCCGCCCCGCCCGUCCCGGCCGCGCCGGGCAAGCUGCGGUCGCGCAGCUGCGACGACCUGCUCAACGACGGGCUCCCCGGCUCGGGCGGGGCCGGCGCGGCCCGCUCGGAGAGCGUCGGCUCGUUGCUGUGCGACGGCGGCGGGCCCUCGGGCGCCCCCGGCAACGGGUCCUCCACGGGCUCCCUGCCCCGCCCCCACCGCCGCCGCGCGCACGACUCGCCGGGCUUCCUGCAGCUGUACCGCAAGAUGCACCACAUCGACCGCGCCCAGCUCAUCCCGUCGGAGGUCAUCCGCUCGGUGCGCGCCCGCAUCCUGGAGCUGGAGGGCCAGCCGCACCUCCUCCGCCAGCACCUCUUCCCCUGGACGCCGACCGGCGGCGGGGACGUGCCGCGCGACGUGGUGCCCAGCCGCAUCUCCGAGUACGAGCAGCUGAUCCAGAAGUCCAAGUCCAUGCCCAACCUGGGGGACGGCGAGGGCCCGUCGGGCACCAACACGCCGGGCGGCUCCUCGUCGCUGGCCAGCAGCGGGGGAGGGGCCACGCCCAUCUACCCCAAGCGCCGCUUCUCCAUCGAGUCCCUGCUGGAGGAGGACCUCGGCAACGGCGUGAACGGCGGCAACGGCGUGAACGGCGGCUCCGGCUCCGCCGCUGCCGCCGCCACAUCGCCGCGGGCCACCGCCGCCGACGUGCCGCGCCCGCUCCGCAGCCCGCCGGAGGGCCAGCCCCGUACGGGGCCCGAGCCUGACCGCGUGGCGCGCGGCUCCUUCGCGGCGGCGGCCCGCGCCGUGCCCCAGGGCCAGCGGGCCCACCCGGAGUACUCUGACAGCGAGCAGGACGCGGUGGCCUCGGACCUCAGUGACUUCAUCCCCGUGGAGGGCUCGUCCUUCUGCAGCGAGAGCGACCUGGACCACUGCUCCCUCACCUCCACCGAGAGCCUGUACGGCUCCACCGCGCUGCACCACCAGCUGCGCCACCACCACGGCCUGCUGCACCACCACCACCACCACCACCACCACCAGCCCGGCCACCAGAGCCUGGGCCAGAGCCAGGGCUACCAGCACCGCCACCUCAUCAGCUCCUGCAAGGGCCGCUGCCCGGCCUCCUACACCCGCUUCACCACCAUGCUGCGCCACGAGCGGGAGCGCGCCCGCCAGGAGCGCCAGAGGCCCUCCCUCCCCCAGCAGCAGCCCCUGCAGCUGGAGCCGAGGAGCCGCGACAGCCGGCCCCCCGCCCACACCUCCCAGUCGCAGCAGGCCAUGGCCAAGCUGGCCUUCCUGGUCAGCCCCGUGCCUUUCCGCAGGAAAAAGGGCUCUCCUCCUUCAACGAGGAGGAGCAGCGGCGGCGGGGGCGGAGGCCGGAGCGGCAGACCCAAGUCCAAAGAGGCUAUUUACGACGCUCUGGACGCCGCCCUGAGGGACAUCUACGAGCACCUCCAGGCGGAGAGGGGCCACCACGGGGGCCGGGCCCCCGACGACGGCGUCCUGCGGAGGAUGCUGGCCGAGCUGCUCCCGGACGUCCCGGAGAGGAGCUCCUCGCUGCGGGGCCGGCAGAGGUGUCGCCUGGACGGGAGCUCCUCCAACGCCGGGGACCCCGACGGGUGCCCCGCGGGGUACGCCUCCUCGUACAGGCGGGACACCUCCUCGCCACGGAUACAGUCGCCGCGGAUACAGUCGCCGCGGAUACAGUCGCCGCGGAUGCAGUCGCCCAUCAGCGCCUGCUACAGCCGCCAGCACUCGCCGGACACGGCGAACAACAACGAUUACGGAGAGGAGCGGGGCAACGGAAACAUUCUCUGUUACUCAGACCAGGACGUCUCCAGAGGCUACUCCACCACUGAUGGACACCACACACCGCAAGGGAGGAGGGCCACCCCCGAGAGAGAGGUCUCCCAUAAGCAGAUGACACAACUUAUUCUCUUCUCUCUCCUCCACCAGAAACAGCCGGCCAGAGCCAUUUAUGACUUUAAGGCCCAAUCUGCUAAGGAGCUGACGUUCAAGAAAGGAGACGCGGUGAACAUCGUGCGGCAGAUAGACAACAACUGGUAUGAGGGGGAGCACCGUGGCCGGACGGGCAUCUUCCCCAUCUCCUAUGUAGAGAAGAUGCCCUCGUCGGAGAGGCAGCAGCAGCCCGCCAGGCCCCCCCCGCCCGCCAAGGUCCGGGAGAUGGGCGAAGCCGUGGCCCGCUACAACUUCAACGCAGACACCAACGUGGAGCUCUCUCUCAGAAAGGGCGAGAGAGUGUUGCUGCUGCGGCAGGUGGAUCCUAACUGGUACGAGGGGAAGAUCCCAGACAGCACCAAGCAGGGCAUCUUCCCCGUCUCCUACGUGGACAUCGUCAAGCACUCUCCAUCCCGAAGCCCGGCCCACCACGUGGAUCCUCUCGGAUACCCCGGCAGUAGGACACCAAGCUCCACCCCCACCAAGCCUCCCUGCAUCCUCCCGCCUCCUCCCCAUCCCCACCACCCCCCCUCCACCCCUCCGCUACCACCGCCCUCCGCCCAGAGAGCCCUUCACCUGCAAGCCGUCACCAACGAGUGGCUCUCCCUCACCCUGGACACGCCCCCCCGCGCAACGUGCACCCCUCCCCCGCCCACACCUCCGCCACUCCCCGCCCACCACCACCUCGUGUCCCUGCCCAGAACGCCCCCCCCUGCGCCCCCGAGGAGGUGCUUCAGCCCACCUGCUCCGCCCUGGCGAGCCUCCUCUGGCCAUUCAAGUCCCGUGUUCAGACAAGCGAUGCCAGACUUGAACUUCUCUCUGGUGCCUUUUGAGCCACCACCACCUCACACACCUCCUCCUCCUCCUCCUCCUCCUCCUCCUCCUCCUCCUCCUCCAUUUUCUCCUUCCUCCCACAGAUCUAGUUUCUCCUUGUUUAAUAAUACUCAAUUGCCUCAACCUUCGGCCUAUCAGGCUUGGACCGGACAAUAUCCUCCUCCUCCUCCUCCUCCUCCUCCUCCUCCUCCACCACACUCUCCUUCCUCCCCAAGAUCCAGUGUCUCCUUGUUUAACAAAACUCAACCACCCCAACCUUCAACCUAUCGGGCUUGGACAGGACAUAAUCCUCUUCCUCCUCCUCCUCCUCCUCCUCCUCCUCCACACUCUCCUUCCUCCCCAAGACCUGCUCUAAACGUCUCCUUCAUUGAAAACACUCGAGGGCCCCAGCCGUCAUCCUAUCAGGCGGGGUCGGGGCGGUUGUUUUGCACUGAGGUGGAGCCAGAGGCUUUGCCCAAAGAGGUUGCACAGUGGUGGGGCGGCUCAGACCUGAGCAUAGUCGAACAAAGCCAGGAACUAUCGGGCACCACAGCGCCGGACGCCGACCCUUACGAACGGUUGCUGUCCAUGAUUCUGGACUUCGUCACCGUCGACGACGACGAGAAGGCCCCAAGGUGGUCCCCGGUCGAGCGCUCGUCACCCGAGCCGUUCGCCGGGAGAUCGCACGACGAGCGUGAUUCGUCCGAGGCGAGGCCCCCUGCUAGCGCGUCGCCCGUCGGCCAAUCAACGAGCGCCGUUCGACGAGAGUGCCAUAAGCCGGUUACUAUUGAGCCUCUGUCUAUCGGUUGGAAAAAGCCUGUGAAACCCGGGGACGACCCCCCCGUGGAGGCCGGCCGGCUGCCCACCGUCACAGAAGAGGGCUGCAUUGAGCUUUUUAUUCAGGAAGAGGAGGAAGGAGGCGGCAGUGACGAAGAAGCCGACAGUAGAUUGCCUCACGACGGCCAAAAGGCUGCCGCCUGCCCGACCACUUUAAAACCCCUCGCUCCCCUCCACCUCUGUUCGUCGCCCGCGCUAACGCCACCACCGGCAGCUCCUCUCUCCGCCCCUACCCCGUCCUCGGCCUCCGUUUCCUCCUGCCUCCUUGAUGGCGACGAUAGGGACGCCAUCAAUGCCCUCACCACUGCUCCCUCUUGCUCUCCUCCUCAACCAACCGAUCGCCCCUGUACCACGUCACCCGAUCCCCACCUCCGCCCGUCUGCUCUCAGUCCACCGCCACCUCGACACCUGGACCCACCGAAGCAGUCCAUCUGCCCCGGCUCCCUUCCUCCGAGCUCCUCCCUUCCUCCGCCCUUGGAAUCCUCACACAUGCAGCCAUCACCUCCCCCUCCUCUACCCUGCUCUCCUUCUCCUCCAUCUUCACCUCCACCUCCCGCUCCAUCUCCUCCUCCUCUUCCUCCUCAUCCUCCUCCUACUCCAUCAACCCCACCCCGACAAGUGCCUAGGUGUGCCAAGCUCAAGCCGGCCUAUAAGCACCACGAGACGGUGCUGGAGGGUAAACCUCCUCGUAGCCCCGUCCCGGCCAGGAGCUCUCCCCUGUCCAUGGAAAGAGGUCGAAGGCGAUUCCUUCAAGAUGCACUCCAAGGCGGAGGAGAUCCGUUCCGUGCCCUGUACAAUUACUUGCCUCGCAACGAAGACGAACUGGAGCUCAGAGAAGGAGACAUCGUGGACGUGAUGGAGAAGUGUGACGAUGGCUGGUUUGUUGGGACUUCUCGUCGGAGCAAGCAGUUUGGAACCUUCCCAGGGAACUACGUGAAGCGGCUAUAAUUACCCCACCGGACGGCCAACAGCCUUGCCCUCUUCCCCUUUUACCGUCAAACCACUCAAGACGCCGAGCACGAUUCCCACAGCGAACCACAUCUCGAGGAGGGGCCUUGAUCCAUCCAGCGGGGACACAGACACUGAGCUUUCAGCUGUAACUCGCCAACGUCAGCCUGAGAGACAAACGAUUUAGUUCUGUUUUUGAUUUUGAGUAUGGCGGUGUGCCCCAGCUUCGUGUACCCACCCGUGACCCUUCACACGUUUGACCCUGAGACAGCGAUACAGAAUGACAAAAGGACAGUCCAGGAGAGUGAUAUCAUUAGUGCUGCGCCCAGGGUGCCUUUUGUCCACUGUAUUCGUUUGACUAUAUUUAUGGUGGUUCACUCCGCAGCAAGUAUUGUAGCUUCCGGUGAACCGCCAACGUAUGUUCACAUUUGGCCUCUUAUUUUUGCUACACCAACAUUUCCAUCAUUCAGUGUUUUUAAUCCCAAAAACAACCUCACGAUGGCGCCGUCCCAUCCAGUCACAGAGUUUGAAUCAGUGAGGCGAGUAUUACGAUGCUUUCUGUGUACGUUAUUUGUACACCGAAACCUUUAAUGUGUGCUGUCUGUUUUGUAUUAUGCCCAUUGCAGCCAUUAAACGUGUCGCGUGGUCAGGUUGAAGGAUGGAUGUGGUUAACUUGCCACCCAUUAUGAAUCAAAAGUAAUGUUAAAUAACAUGUUGGAAUCAGCCCUUUGUAUUGACUGUAGCCACAUGAGGACUGCAGUGAAUAUAAAUGUGUGGAUGUUUUCUACCAGUGUGCCUGGUUCCCUUCAUGCUUUUCAUUUAUACUUUUUUCUAUGCCGUUUUGUUCCUCUUCAUGUUAUGAUUCAUGCCCUUCGGUGAAUUGACCUAAGCCUUUAUUAAUAUUUCACACACAGUGUAUUAACUCUACACUGGCAAAUAUCAUUUGGAGUUCAUGGGGGGGGGUAUAGGAAUCAUGUUUUGGGAAUUUUAUGCAAAAAGAUAACGGAAUUUUUAUGUAUUUAUAACAGAACAAUUGCUGAUACAACUACGUGGUAGAUAUUUUGUCCAUCCAGAAAAGGGUUCACUUUGUACCAACCGUGUGUUCUUCGAUUCUCAUCCAAUUGACUUAAGGUAAAGUGUGCUUUUAAUAUAUUUUGACAGCGGUAAGCUGAGCAUCUUUUUCUAGGUAGAUGCAUACACGCGGAAGUAAACCGACGGAGUUGCUAUGGACCUAUGAUGUAUUUCAUGUCACAACCAGAUCUAUGAUUUUUAUUCUAUAUUUAUUUUUGUCGGAUGCAGGUUGAAUUAGCAUUUCAUCCAAUAAUACGUUAGCGGUAUCAUUCAUUAGAUUGCGACAGAAACUGAGCUGACUGUAGCCAACGUUGAGGGCUUAGGGUGUGACAGCUACGUCGUGUUUUAUGUUUAACAUACGGUGGCACGCUGCAGGGCAUGCUGACCUCUGGCGCCCAGUUAAUAUGCUUUGUUGUUUUAAAGGUUAUUAUUCACAUAGGAUUGGACACUGACAAAACAAACCAUUGUUUAAGCACCUUAUUUUUGUUGUUUUCAAUCAUAUUAUUGUUUUCUUCACAUCGCUCCGUCCUGUACGCUCAUCUUGGUGUGAGAUCACUGUGUGUGUGUGUGUGUGUGUGUGUGUGUGUGUGUGUGUGUGUGUGUGUGUGUGUGUGUGUGUGUGUGUGUGUGUGUGUGUGUGUGUGUGUGUGUGUGUGUGUGUGUGUGUGUGUGUGCGUGUCUGUUGUGCGUGUGUUUUUUUUGUAAGCCUAUUUGUAUGAGAGCUGUGAAAUGGCCAACAUACCACUGCUUUAUAAAGUCAUCGUUUUUCUCACCCACAAUUAUAUUUGGUUUCCUCUCAUUCUUCCGUCACAUGUCCUUGUCUUUAUCCGUGGUGCUACCGUCACUACAUUUAGUCAUUUCUAUUCACUUAUUUCUUGCCAUGUUAAUGUUGGAUUUGGUCUUUAUUGAGCAUACACACAAAUGGGGUCCGCUACAUUACAUACAUAUGUAACCUCCUAAAUGCAAAAAACGCCAUGUUUUGUGUCUUGGCUUCAUGAAAACAUGAUCCAUACUUACAAGUUGGUAGUUGUUUGAGAGUAUGCACAUAAGGCACAUCAUUGUGACGAACUUAUCCUGUUCUUUAUAUAGCUUGUAGAAUGCAUUUAAAACGGGUGUGGACUGAUAACAUACCGACACUUGAAAUUCGUAAUGAGCUUCUAUUAUGGGCUCAAUCUAUGAUUUCAUUUAAAAAAUGACGGGUUUUAAUGCAUUCUUGGACUGAAAAAUUUCUACAAUCUUUUGGUUGAAUUGUUUUAUAGGGCUUUGUUGCUAAUAAAACAUAAGCUGAUUAUUUAUUUUA